GCCUCACUGCCCCGAUCAGGGACCUUGGGUUCAUUGCCACCGACGUGCACGUUCUUGUACCUCUAAGCAAAGCUAUCACCCCUGCUCCACAGGCCGUGCCCACCUCUGCCACUUUUCUGACCCCAUUCUCUUGCAGGAUCUGGGAGUCUCCUCUGCUUCUAGCUGCCAAAGAGAAUGAUGUCCAGGCUCUCUGCAAGCUGCUCAAGUAUGAGGCCUGUGAGGUACACCAGAGAGGAGCCCUGGGGGAGACAGCACUGCACACUGCAGCCCUCUUUGACAGCCCGGAGGCUGCCCUGGUGCUGAUGGAGGCUGCUCCGGAGCUGGUCUUUGAACCUAUGACAUCUGAGCUGUUUGAGGGUCAGACUGCGCUGCACAUAGCCAUCAUGAACCAGAACGUGAACUUGGUGAAAGCCCUGCUUGCCCACGGGGCCAGCGUCUCUGCAAGAGCUACAGGCGCAGCUUUCCGCCACAGCGCCCGCAACCUCAUCUACUUUGGCCAUGGAGCCCUCUUGUCCCCAGGGGAGCACCCUCUGUCCUUUGCUGCCUGUGUGGGCAGCGAGGAGAUCGUGCGGCUGCUCAUUGAGCACGGAGCUGACAUCCGGGCCCAGGACUCCCUGGGAAACACUGUGCUGCACAUCCUGGUCCUCCAGCCCAACAAACCAUUUGCCUGCCAGAUGUACAACCUGCUGCUGUCCCACGAUGGGCACGGGCCCCGCCUGCCAGCCCUGGACCUCGUGCCCAACCACCAGGGUCUCACCCCCUUCAAGCUGGCCGGCGUGGAGGGCAACACCGUGAUGUUCCAGCACCUGAUGCAGAAGCGGAAGCACGUCCAGUGGACGUGCGGGCCACUGACCUCCACUCUCUACGACCUCACAGAGAUCGACUCCUCGGGGGAUGAGCAAUCUCUGCUGGAACUGAUUGUCACCACCAAGAAGCAGGAGGCUCGCCAGAUCCUGGACCAGACCCCCGUGAAGGAGCUGGUGAGCCUCAAGUGGCAGAGAUACGGGCAGCCAUACUUCCGUGUGCUGGGCGCCAUCUACCUCCUGUACAUCACCUGCUUCACCAUGUGCUGCAUCUACCGCCCCCUCAAGCCCAGGGCCAGCAACUGCACCCAUUCCCGGGACAACACCCUCCUACAGCAGAAGCUCCUUCAGGAGGCCUACGUGACCCCCGAGGAUGACAUCCGACUGGUGGGGGAGCUGGUGACCGUCAUUGGGGCUAUGAUCAUUCUGCUCAUAGAGAUUCCAGACAUCUGCAGGGUGGGAAUCACUCACUUGUUUGGACAGACCAACCUCGGGGGGCCGUUUCACAUCACCAUCAUCACCCACGCCUGCCUGGUGCUGGUGAUCAUGGUGAUGCGGCUCACCAACACCUGCAGGGAGGAGGUGCCCAUGUCCUUCGCGCUGGUGCUGGGCUGGUGCAGCAUCAUGUACUUCGCCCACGGAUUGCAGAUGCUGGGCCCCUUCACCAUCAUGAUCCAGAAGAUGAUUUUUGGUGACCUGAUGCGGUUCUGCUGGCUGAUGGCUGUGGUCAUCCUAGGCUUUGCCUCAGCCUUCUAUAUCAUCUUCCAGACAGAGGACCCUGAGGAGCUGGGCCAUUUCUGCAGUUACCCCAUGGCUCUGUUCAGCACCUUUGAGCUAUUUCUCGCCAUCAUCGACGGUCCCGCCAACUACAAUGUGGAUCUGCCCUUCAUGUACAGCAUCACCUAUGCUGCCUUUUCCAUCAUCGCCCCACUGCUCAUGCUCAACCUCCUUAUCGCCAUGAUGAGUGACACGCACUGGCGGGUGGCCCAGGAGCGGGAUGAGCUCUGGAGGACCCAGGUCGUGGCCACCAUGGUGAUGCUGGAGCGGAAGCUACCUCAGUGCCUAUGGCCUCGCUCUGGGAUCUGUGGGCUCAAGUAUGGGAUGGGGGACCGCUGGUUCCUGCGCGUGGAAGACAGACAGGAUCUCAACCGGCAGCGAAUCCGGCGCUACAUGAAGGCCUUCAGCAGCCAGCUCUCUGAGGAUGACUUGGCCAAAGACUCGGAAAAGCAGAAGCCCACCCACCCCUCCAGCCCCUGUCCACCCCUGGCUACCCUCUCGGCAUCUCGCAGCACCAACUGGGAGCAGCUCUGGCAGGGGACCCUGAGGCUGGCACUGCAGGGGGUGGCCAGCAGGGCCCUGGAGGACGGGGAGGGCUGGGAGUACCAGAUCUGAGGCCCGCUCCUGCUGCAUUCUGGUGGCGCCUCUUGC